UUUAGAGACACAUCCCCUUUAAAACACGACUUUGCAGUGUUGUCACAGUGGUGCUAAAUUCACUGGCGAAUUGUUGAGAAAGGACUUCAAUAUACGCAUAUAGAUUCUAUUGCUUUAAUUAUCGUGUUGCUUUUUUAUGUUUGGUUUGUAAGGCGCUUUACAUACUGCCUGAUUGUCCUUAGCAAUGCACCGCUUCAUCUCACUGCUGCCCACCCUCCUAACUCUCCUCUCCGGACCAGCCCAAGGAUAUUUUCCAGAAGAGCGUUGGAGCCCCGAAUCCCCCCUUCUCGCCCCGCGUGUACUGAUUGCUCUCAUCUGCCGAAACUCAGAACAUUCUUUGCCUUAUUUCCUUGGAACUAUUGAACGACUAAAUUACCCGAAAGACCGCAUUGCACUAUGGGUUGCGACCGACCACAAUGUGGACAACACUACUGCCAUUCUUCGGGACUGGCUCAUCAAAGUACAAAACCUGUACCACUAUGUGGAAUGGAGGCCACAGGAGGAUCCUGUAGGAUACGAGGACGAGGACAGUCCCAAACAGUGGACGAACCUGCGCUACGCCCAUGUUAUGAAGCUCCGACAGGCAGCGCUGGAGUCUGCCCGUGAGAUGUGGGCGGACUACUUCCUGGCUGUGGAUUGCGAUAACCUCCUGACCAACCCCAAUGUCUUGUGGAAGCUCAUCGGUGAAAACAAGACCAUUGUGGCUCCCAUGCUCGAGUCCCGCGCCGCAUAUUCCAACUUCUGGUGUGGGAUGACGUCCCAGGGUUACUACAAGCGCACUCCUGCCUACAUACCCAUACGAAAGCAGGUGCGAAAGGGUUGCUUUGCUGUGCCCAUGGUCCACUCCAUGUUCCUUGUAGACCUGAGGAAGGAGGCUUCCAGGCAACUGGCUUUCCACCCACCACAUCCAGAUUACAGCUGGGCCUUCGAUGACAUUAUUGUAUUUGCCUUCUCUGCUCGCAUGGCAGAUGUACAAAUGUUUGUAUGCAACAGUGAAACCUAUGGGUACUUCCCAGUGCCUUUGCGGUCCCACAACUCCUUGAAGGACGAAGCUGACAGUUUUCUGCAUUCCUUGUUGGAAGUUAAUGUGCGAAACCCCCCAAUGAUGCCUUCCGUAUACAUACCUGCCCCUAGACGACAACCAGACAAACUUGGCUUUGAUGAAGUGUUUAUGAUAAACUUGCAGCGAAGAACUGACCGCAGGGAUCGCAUGUUAAGUACACUGUAUGAGCAGGAGAUCGCCUGCAAGGUUAUCGCAGCUGUGGACGGCACAGCAAUGAACGUCAGCGAGGUUAACGACCUGGGCAUCCACAUGCUCCCAGGCUACAGCGAUCCCUACCAUGGGCGCCCUCUGACCAAGGGAGAGCUGGGAUGCUUCCUCUCCCAUCACAACAUCUGGAAAGAGAUUGUGGAGCGGGGUUUGAAGACCUCCUUGGUGAUUGAAGAUGAUCUGCGCUUUGAGGUGUUCUUUAAGCGUCGCUUGCAGAACCUGAUGAUGGAAGUGGCCAGCCAGAAUCUGGACUGGGACCUCAUUUAUAUUGGACGGAAGAGAAUGCAGGUUGAACACCCAGAGAAAUCUGUGCCCAAUAUCCAUAACCUGGUAGAGGCAGACUACUCCUAUUGGACGCUGGGAUAUAUGAUGUCAUUACAAGGCGCUCAGAAGCUCCUGAAAGCAGAGCCUUUAAAGAGGAUGCUGCCAGUGGAUGAGUUCCUCCCAGUCAUGUAUAAUAAACAUCCUGUCUCAGACUACAUGGAGCAGUUUGAGACCCGGGACCUGAAGGCUUUCUCGGCAGAACCUCUGCUGGUGUUCCCGACCCAUUACACGGGUGACGCGGGCUAUAUUAGCGACACGGAGACCUCCACCGUGUGGGACAAUGAGAAGGUCCGUACGGACUGGGACAGGGGCCGCUCAGGGAAGACCCAGGAGCAGGCAGAGAUCAGCACGGAAGCCCAGAACUCUGAUGUCCUCCAGUCUACGCUGGACAGCACAGCAAGGGACGAGCUAUGAGAGAAAGAUCAGUCCAGGAGCCUCGCAGAACCAGAAGACUGUUACUGAACCAGCUUCAUUUCCCCCCCCUCACUCUGCUGCUUAAUUGCAGGGUUGUUGGUAAUUCAUUUGUCUGAAAGAAGCCGUUGUAAAAGGGAUCAGUUGCAACUUAAUUUGAAUUUAAUUUUUUACACCUACUGGUUCAAGUCCCCCUGCUCUUGUGCAGUUAUGUGAGUUUACCGUUACAUUUCAGUGUCUUGAUCGAAUGUUACAUUACCAUGUCUUUGAUUGGCCAAUGAACUGCAAUCACGUUUCUUGAAUUUCUUCAAUGUCACCAGUGCCUUACUCAUUGUACAUUUUAAAAUAUGUGUGUUCUUAUAUUGUAUGCUGGUUGGACCUGGAAAGAGAUGCAAUCAGCUUGCUUUUGAUUUCUUGAAGCUUAAAUCUUUCUCUCUUUUUAAAAAAACCAAGUGUGUGUGCUUGAGUAUUUUGCAUGGAAAUGCUUAAAAAGCUGCUUUCUGUGUUUUUAGUAUAUUUCACCAGAAAAAAAGGAGUGCACCUUAAAGCAUUUAACUACAAGACAUGUAGAUUAAUAUGAAGCAGUAGUAAUUAAAGCUUAGUUCUGGGCCACCUGUCAACCCCUUCAGAAUUGAGUUACGGUACUACUCGAUAUAACACAUUCCUUGAUUCCCCUGAAACCUCUGCCUGUUUGUUUUCAGGCCAAGCCCACCGUCAGAACGGCUGCUAGGGUUAUAGGCGAGACCAACCACCGUAAACGCCUCACACUUUGUGGUUAGGAAGGCAUAUGAUUUGCAAAGGCAAUAAAAUUCCCACAAAGAUUCCACCGAGCCACAUCCAAACUCUGUCGGUCAGUUCUCCAUAGAGUGGGUUGAGUGUAAAACAGAGCUCUUUGGGUGUGAACUACUUGAUAAAAGCCUGUACAAAAUAUAAGAUGCUUUGCUUUUCAUCCGGGUUAUUUAUUCUUGGGACGUACUUGUCUCUGGAACCAUAGGACCUCCAGCAUUGUAGACUUUAAUGCGGUUUAAGUUGGGUAAUAACACUUUGAGGGUAGCGUUUGUAGUUGACUUCAGAUUAUCACACAAAAUCCUCAUUAACCUGUCCUGGUACCAAAGAAUAAAAUGUUUUA